AUGUCGUACAGCUCCGAGGCCCAGGUCGACGAGGCCUUCAACACCGUCUCCGACACCUUCAAAUCCAACGUCACCAAGCCCCUCGAAUGGCGCAUCAAACAGCUCCGCAAGACAUGGUGGAUGCUCGAGGACAACCGUGAGCGAAUCGUCACCGCCCUCAACCAAGAUCUAAACAAGCACCGUCAGGAAACUCUGCCCGUCGACGUCGCCGGCGUCCAAUCCGCAUGCCUCGAGGCCCUCGCUCACAUCAAGGAAUGGACCAAGGACGAGAAACCCCGACAGACCGACCCCUUCAACCUGUUCGGAGGGGCGCGCAUCCGCAAGGAGCCCAAGGGCGUGGCGCUCAUCAUCUCAGCCUGGAACUACCCCUUCAUGGAGCUCUUCGAGCCCAUGCUCUCUGCCAUUGCUGCGGGGUGCACCGCCAUCCUCAAGCCCAGCGAGUUGGCGCCCGCCUCGGAGAAGCUCAUCGCCGAGAUUGUGCCCAAGUACCUCGACCAGAGCGCAAUUCGCGUCGUCACCGCAGGCCCGAAGCAAAUGAAUUAUUUGCUGGAGCGCAAGUGGCAUCACAUCUUCUUCACCGGCUCGACCGCGGUCGGCAAGAUCAUUUAUGCCAAGGCCGCGCCGAAUCUGACCACGGUGACGCUCGAGUUGGGCGGACGAGGACCUGCCAUCGUCACGCCCUCGGCGGACAUUGAUCUCGCCGCCAAGAGAAUUGCGAAUGCCAAAUUCAUGAACGCCGGACAGAUCUGUGUCGGCGUCAAUCACGUCUUUGUGGAUCCAUCCGUCAAGCAAAAGUUCAUCGCCGCCCUGAGCAAAUACUUUGACGAAUACCGCUCCGGCCAAUCCCGCCAGCCCGCCUAUGCCACGCGCAUCGUCAACGAGCGCCACUACAAGCGGCUCGACAACCUCCUCGAGAAGACGCAGGGCAAAAUCGUCUACGGCGGCGACCGCAACCCCGAGACGCGCUUCUUCGGCCCCACCGUCGUCGACGGCGUCACCACCGACGACUCACUCCUCUCCGAGGAGCUCUUUGGCCCCAUCUUGCCCAUCCUCGACGCCACCCUCGAAGAGGCCAUCAACUACACCGUCAAGCACGAUCAUCCCCUCGCCCUGUACGGCUUCACCUCGUCGCAGGCAGAAAAGGACAAGAUCCUGCGCCUCACGAGCUCUGGGGGCGUGUGCUUCAAUGACGCCAUCCUGCACAUGCUCGUGAAGGAUGCCCCUUUUGGCGGCGUGGGAGCGUCCGGCAUGGGCGCAUACCACGGCCCCUUUGGCUUCAAGGAGUUCACGCACCUGCGAACCGUGGUCAACGUCCCUGCGUGGCUGGAACUGCUUCUCAAGGUCCGCUACGCACCCUAUACCAAUAAGAAGGCCGUGGCCAUGGUGAAAUCUACAGGCGCGAAAACCAGUGUGCCGUUUGACAGGAACGGCAAUGAUGUUCCCGGCUGGGCUGGAUUGUUGACCAAGUCAGCUCUUGCGGUGCUGUUCUUUGCGCUGCUGAGAUGGAAGGGCUGGCCUCUGACAGAUUGGAUCAAGAACGUCAAGGGUAAAUAG